AUGAGUUUAUCACCUUCAUCAUCUAAUCCAAAUCAAUCAAAAGAAGAUUUACCACCUGAAACAGAGUCCUCGAAAUUAUCAACCAAAGAAUCACUACUAAAGAAGCUAGAUGAAAUCUCCCCUGAACAAUUGAAAGAAAUAAUAACUAAUCAAUUGGAUUUAGAAAUAAGAUUGAAACAUAAAGAAUUAAAUAUGAGUGAUAAUGAAAUAAGCAAAAUUGAAUCACAGCUACUAGUACUACGAAACUUCCUCAACAUUCAAAAUGAUUUAGAUUUACCAGAUCAGCCAAAUGAAUUGACUUCAAAAUAUUAUAAUCUAUUAAAUCAACAAUUAACGGCAACUUAUGAUAAAUUCAAAAGUAUACCAGAUGAUGCGUCAUCAUUUGAUAAUUCUACUCCAAAUGUUGCGGUUGCACCACCACAAUCAAAUCAUUCAUACAGAACAAGAUCGACUACUUCUUCAUUACGACCAACUAUAGCAACAACGGCUACUCCAAAACAUGUAAAUUUAGGUUGUCUUUAUAGAAGAACAGAUGGAGUGGUGGUUCGUUUGAUAUGUCCAGAUUGUCAAAGAUCAAAUUUUUCAUCAGCUCAAGGAUUUUUAAAUCAUAGUAGAAUAGCUCAUUCAAAAGAAUACACUUCACAAGAUGCAGCUGCUUUAAAAUGUGGGGAGAUUACUCCAGAAAUACCACAGGAUUCGGUUGGUGAAGCUAGUUUGAAAAUUUUGAAUGAGAAGGGUUUGGAUCCAGCAAAAACCUUAAACAUCAAUGAAAUAAUAUUUAUGCCAACUACCACACCUACUACAACUGAUUCAAGAUUGGAGCAACUACCUAACUUUGAAUUUCCAAAAAGUGAACCAACAUCAAAAGAAGCAACUAAAGAAGCAACCAAAACCAACACCAACACCACAAAACCAACACUGAACGAAUUAAUGAAAAAAUUAGUAAGAGAAGGUAAGAUGAAAUCAACAGAAUAUGAAUCUUUACUUUCAGAAACAAAAUUACCAGUGAAUAAUGCUCACUUAUUUGACGAUGAGGAAGAAAGUGAAGCCUCAUUAAGCGCUGGUCCAAGCUCAACUUCAUUAGAUAAAUUAAGCGAUAGAAAAAGAAGACAAAGUAGAGGAGGAAUAAAUAUCAAUAUAUCGAAACCUGAAGGACCAGAUGAAAAAAAACUAAAAAGUAAAUAG